CCCAGGUGACCAGUACCUGUGGAGGUGGGAAGGAGGGACCCGGGCACGUCCCUGGCCAGGUGCCCCCCUGGGGGGCGACGUGGGGCCAUGUGCAGGGUGCUGGGCUGAGCCCAUGUGCCACUAGAGCCGCCCGCCCACACAGACGGGCCCAGGGGCGCCUCCUCCCGGGGGAAGGUCACGAAGCCCUGGGAUUCGGCAGAGGGCAUAUCAAAGCCCUUCAGAAUUAAGAGGCUUUCCCCAUUGAGUGGAAUUUCACAACCCAGUGACCAAUUUCUAAGUCAUGCACGUUAAUGGGCAGCUAAUGAGGGACCCAGGCAGGACAGGGAAGUGCCCCUGAGCCCAGAGCCCAGAUUAAGGAGUACAAAGCCAGGCUGCUGUGAGGGCCCUUGAUCUUCACUGCCUGGGGUUGUAGUGGGGGAGCGCUGAGCCAUGUGAUUUCCAGAGGGACUGGGCACCCCAGCCUCUCCCCUUCCCCGCACCGUGGCCUGCCACCCACUCUCCCAUUCAUCCUUGCCGUUACUCAUCCAGUCCCAUUCGGGCACCUUUGGAAUCCGGACAGGGACGAGGGGCUGGCAAUGUGACAUUGUUGGCUUUGAGGGGACACUCGGGGCUGAUUCCCAGGUCUGGCACCGGUCAGUGGUCACAUUUCGAGCCACUUGCCCCACCUCGGGGGAGCCCUGCUCCGUACAGACCAUGGUGACAGCCCUCGGGGUUGGGCGAGAGGACUCCGGGAGCCGUCCAGCAUGCCCUGCAAGGCCUGGGUCCCGGUGAGACUGCUCACAUGGGGGCCGCCGCUCUAUGGCCUAGAUGCCGGCUGGCUCUGGCUCCUGUCCCCUGGCACCUGCAGACUCACCCACCACUCAGCAGACCAAGCGACGCCGCUGCAGCGAGGGGGCACCGUGGUGGGCUCGAGCCCACGCGAGACACGCCUUUGGUGCUGGUCUCCGCAGACACUUGGACUGAGGGAGGCGCUGAAGACGUUUAACUUAAAGCAGCAGUUCCCAGGAAGGGCCUCUGGGCCCCCGAGUCAGCAAUGCCAUGGAGGGAGCCCAUGGUCUGUGAUUUAACAUACUCUCCAGGGGAUUUGAGUCUGAGUGCCAGGAACAGACAAGUUCACCUCUGAAUUCAAGACCUGACCUUCAUGGGCCUGUGUUUUCCAGAUUGGAACCGUUUCCAGUAUUCUGCUUGUAUCUAAGCUGACUGUAUCAGGUUGGAGAGGUGGCCUCUACUCAAAAUGUGGUCUAGGGACCCCCAGCACGCAGCUCCCUAGAGCAGUGUGAGCAGUGUGGGAUCUCGGCUCCACCCAGGAUGGGCGGGUCGGCACUGGCCUGUUAACCCACCUCCAGGUGAUUCGAGGGCUCAUUAGUCUGGGGAGCCACCCAGUGAAGCUCCUGGGCCUUUGCCUACAUGAAUCUCCAGCCCCCUGCAAGGAGGGCAGACAGACCCCUUUCUGUAGCUGGGCAGCCAGGCACGGCGCCCCUAGCAGGUUUGGAGUUGUGACCCCCACCGGUGCUCUCUAGGGCCCCCCACGAUUCCUGACUCAUUUGCCUACCCCUCCGGGUCCUCUGGCGUGAGCCUGAAUCCCAUCCCCAAUGGCCCAGGACUGCUGGUCUCCGUGAAGACUGGACUUGAUGCCAUGGAGGGGCAGACCCCAGGAGGCGGAGGCCUUUCAGAAAAGCCAGUCCCUACAGCCUCUGGCCCUGGCCUGUCCUCGCUGGGUGCCGUCUUCAUCCUUCUGAAGUCCGCGCUGGGCGCUGGCCUGCUCAACUUUCCGUGGGCCUUCCACAAGGCGGGGGGAGUGACCCCCGCUUUCCUCGUGGAGCUGAUCUCCCUGGUCUUCCUGAUCAGCGGGCUGGUUGUCCUGGGCUACGCUGCCUCCGUCAGCGGCCAGGCCACCUACCAAGGCGUGGUCGGAGGGCUGUGUGGCCCUGCCAUCGGCAAGCUGUGUGAGGCCUGCUUCAUCAUCAACCUGCUCAUGAUCUCCGUGGCCUUCCUCAGGGUGGUCGGCGACCAGCUGGAGAAGCUGUGGGACUUCAUCCUGCCCAGCACCCCACCGGCCCUGCAGCCCUGGUACACUGACCAGCGCUUCACCCUGACGCUGCUCUGCGUGCUGGUCAUCCUGCCCCUCUCCGCACCGCGGGAGAUCGGCUUCCAGAAAUACACAAGCAUCCUAGGCACCCUGGCCGCCUGCUACCUGGCCCUGGUCAUCGUGGCGCAGUACUACCUCAGGCCCCAAGACCUCGCCCGUGAGCCCCGCCUGGAGUCCAGUCCCUCCUCCUGGACCUCUGUAUUUAGUGUCUUCCCCACCAUCUGUUUCGGAUUUCAGUGUCACGAAGCCGCCGUGUCCAUCUACUGCAGCAUGCGCCACCAGAGCCUCGGGCACUGGGCCCUGGUCUCCGUGCUGUCCUUGCUGGCCUGCUGCCUCGUCUACUCGCUGACAGGUGUGUACGGCUUCCUGACCUUCGGGACAGAUGUGUCUGCUGACAUCCUGAUGUCCUACCCAGGCAGCGACGGGGUCGUCAUCGUCGCCCGGGUCCUCUUCGCUGUAUCCAUUGUGACCGCCUACCCCAUCGUGCUCUUCCUGGGAAGGUCGGUGAUGCAGGACUUCUGGAGGCGGGGCUGUGGCGGGGCGUGUGGGCCGUGGGCUGUGGCUGAGCCCUCGGGGCCGUGGGUCCGGAUGCCGCUGACCGUGCUCUGGGUCACCGCGACGCUCGCCAUGGCCCUGUUCCUGCCCGACCUCAGCGAGAUCAUCGGCAUCAUCGGCGGCAUCAGCUCCUUCUUCAUCUUCAUCUUCCCAGGUCUGUGCCUCAUUUGUGCAGUCAGCGUGGAGCCCAUCGGACCCCGGGUUAAGUGCUGCCUGGAGGCCUGGGGGGUGGUCUCCGUGCUGGUCGGUGCCUUCAUCUUCGGGCAGAGCACGGUGGCGGCCGUCAUGGAGCUGCUGUGAGGGGCGGCCCGCGCUCCAGCAGGACGGGGGCCCCCGCGGCUGCCUGCAUCUGGCCGUGAGAACCAUGUGACCUCUUCAUUAAGAAGCUGGAGAAACUGACUUGUCCGUCCUUCCCAGGCUGUGCCUCUGGGCUUCCACUGGGUCCCGGGGUGUCUGGUGUGGUGGUGAGAGGUGGUGUAGGCCCUGCACGUGACCACAGACCUGGGGGCUUCAGGCCAGAGCGGCCAGAGCUCUCAGUCUGGAGCCUGGGAGUCUGGGGUCAGGGUGUGCGUGGGGCUACACUCCCUCUCCCCACCUGCUGCCUCCAGCCCCCUGGUGCCUGCUGGCCACCCUGGUGCUCCUGGGCGUGUCUGCACCCGCCGUGUCUGUCUCCAGCUACCUGUGUGUCCACGUGUCCCUCUUAGAGGGCCCAGGGGACCUCAUCUUACUUGGGAUGUGCAAAGAGCCUCUUUCCAAGUAAGGUCACAUUCACCAUUUCCUGGGGUUAGGACUGCAGCUUAUGUUUCUGGGGGACAGUACACCCCAUAACUGGGGAGUAGGUGCUGAGGCCCAGGGAACCCUGCUUUGGGGUGUUGGGGUCAAAGACACGAGGUGAAGGCAUGGCUUGGUGGAUGAGAGCCCAGGGGGGCUGGGGGUGCCAUCGGUUGAGGGUGGCAGGGCACUCAAGCUGGUGCUCAGGCCAGGGCACGGGGGGCCUGAGAUGUAUACCCUGAGUUGGCCUCUCUCUGGUGGGUGGGACCCCAAGGAGAGGCCCUUGUCCUCCCACUGGCUGGACCAGAAGAGCCUGGAGGCCAAGCGCGCUGUCUGCUCUGUGGGUCCCUUCCGACCCCACCCUGAUUCUGGGCUGUGGUGCAGCGGGGUCUGCGGGCUCAGGGUGGAGGACUGGCCACUGCUGCUGCAUCGAGCCACCGUGCUCGCUUGUGCUGAGCCUGCCCAGGGCCUGGGACCCCUGGAUGGACAUGGCUGGAUUCCGGCCGCUCCUCCUCUGCCCCGGGACGUCCACCGGAAGCCAGCGGUGCCCGCGCCUGCAGGGGCUGACAUCUGAGGACACCUCCCCCAGAAGUCCAGCCUGCCACACGCUGGGCUCGGGGCCGCCUCCCAGCCACCUGGUGCCCGAGGCUCCUCUGUGUUGAGCACUCACUCAUGGACUACACUUCCUAGCAGCUAAGAGAACAGAGGCUUCCUGGGUGGCUCAGUGGUAAGGAACCCGCCUGCUAAAGCAGGAGACUCAGGUUCAAUCCCUGGGUCAACAAGAUCCCCUGGAGAAGGAGAUGGCAACCCUCCUGCCUGGGAAAUCUGAUGGACAGAGGAGCCUGGUGGGCUACAGUCCAUGAGGUCACAAAGUCAGACACGACUGAGCGUCAGAACACCAACAAGAGAACCGAGGAGUCUGUGGACAUCUGGGUCCUGCUGCUUCUGCCAGGCCUGAGGUGUCCCCAUGCCCCUGUGGCUGCUCCAGACCUCUUCCCUAGUACCUGGCACGGAGAUCCGGGA